UGAAGGGGUGGAGCUAAGACGCGAGGAAAGGAAGCAAGGAAAGGAAACGAGGAUAAGAACAAAUACGAAUUGAGAAGCACCCAUUGUGUGGGUUUAGUGUGCAUUAAGGGCACUGCACAUGGGCAUUUUUAAGACACUGGACAGUCUUGCGCACUUACUUACUGUCGCGUGCACGCGCUCUCAAGUGGCCAAGACCACAAGUGUGAUUUAGACAGGGCUUCAGGAAGUAGCCUACAUUUAAAUGAUAAUUGCUCAACGAAACCUUGGAAAAGUGGCGAUUCCAUGACUUUUUUAAAAAAAGGAGAAGGCAAAAGGUUCAGAGAGAGGACCAAAUUCAUCAAGUUAAUAUCAGCAUCAUUACUCCAGUCUUCAGUGCCACAUAAUCCUUCAGAUAUCAUGUGUUAUGCCUUAAAGAUGUAAAAAAAGAAUUGGGGAAGACAUGGCUCCUAUCGCUUCUGAUUUACCAGAGGAGAAGAGAAAGCAACUCUUUGCCUUGCUGGGGAAUGUGGAACUGACUCUUCUCUACAAAGCUUCAGUCCAUGGAUAUAAUGCUUCUGCCUUCCACCAGCGAUGUGAUAAUCAGGGCCCCACUUUACUUGUAGCCUACAACAGUUUAGGCUCCAUCUUUGGUGGAUACACUAGUGUAGAUUAUGCUCAAAGUGGCCAGCAAAUUACAGAUAAUGAAGCUUUUCUGUUUAGUUUUCGAGAUGGAACCCCUGUUCGCAUUCAGGUUAACAGCAAUAAUGCACGUCUUGAUGACACUGGAGGACCUAACUUUGACCGAUUGUACUUUUGCUACAACAACCAACCAGUUGUACAUUACAUGUCACUGAAAUGGGCUGUGCCAAUCAAUACCGAACAGUUGUAUGGGAAUAACACUGAGCUGACUGAAUGUGAAGUGUACAAAGUCAACCAGAGCCUUCAGGUCAGUUUCUUAGAGAAGCCAUGGAGGAAUAUUCUUUGGACAGCCAAACAAAGAGAAGAGCUCAUGGAAUUGAUCAGGAAUCAUAAACCCAUUAUGGCGUCUGUGAGUCGGGUCAGAAUCCUAAUGAUUGGCCCUAUAGGUGCUGGAAAAUCCAGUUUCUUCAACUCCAUCAACUCCAUCUUCAUGGGUCAUGUGACCAACAAAGCAAUGUCAGGAUCUGCAGGCAGUAGUGUCACCACAAAGUUUCGCACAUACCCAGUGAAAGAUGGUCGUGAGAGAAAGCCAUUGCCGUUUGUGUUGUGUGACACCAUGGGACUUGAGGAGCAAUCAGGUGCAGGGCUGGAUAUUGAGGACAUCAGCAGCAUUGUUCAAGGUCACAUACCAGACCGCUAUAAAUUCAACCCCAAAGCUCCAUUUCAACCGGAUAAGGCCUCCAAACCUGCAUCUUUACAAGAGAAGAUCCACUGUGCGGUGUACGUAAUAGACGCCACAAAAAUCUCCCUCAUGUCCGACAAACUAGAGGAAAAACUCAGUUCUGUACGUAGUCAAUUGAACUCAAUGGAGAUUCCUCAGAUGGUCGUGAUGACAAAAGUAGAUGAAACAUGUCCUCAUGUACAGAAUGACCUUGAAAAUAUUUAUGCAAGUUCCUAUAUCAAGAUGAAGGUGCAGGAGGUGAGCUCUCGGUUGGGUGUUCCGGUGUCUUGUGUGUUACCGGUGAAGAACUACAGCCAGGAGCUGGAGCUGGAGCUUAAAUGUGAUAUUCUGCUUCUCUCCGCUAUAAAGCAGAUGCUUCGUUCUGCAGACGACUAUCUGGAUGAUGUUGUUGAUUCCAUUUAGGCCACACAAAGUGCUGCAUUCAUACCUCCUGAUCAGAGCAAGGAUUCAUCUUAAGUCAGAAGAUUAUUCUCUUCUGUUUGUUCAUUCUAGAUCUUUCAUAAUUAUACAUAAUAUUCAAGAACAUUUUGGCAAAUGCAAACAAAGUUCAUAUAUCAAUUAAGCUGCACAUUACAUUAAAAUCAAUGUUGCUUUUGUAGGUGCAAUAUUGUUGUGUCACGACCAGGUUUGUAGAAUAAUACUAGAAUGAUGUGUUAGGACUACAAUUCAAGAUGCUAAAAUCUGUAUAAGCCUAAUAAAAAAGUGCUUCUUUU